GAAACCUCAAGAUGCUGUUGCGUCUUGGAUCCGAUUGUGUUGGUGCUCAAUCCACACCAUUUGAUGACGAGCCUGUCCCCGCACGUCUACGUCAGAAGAGCCGCUCAUCAGUCAAGUCCGAACUCUCCUCACUACUUUCUCGAUAUACAAUACCCAAAUACCUCGAUCUUCACAUAUGACCGUUGAGCCUGUGGUACCCACUGCGACUGACGUAGACUUCCGACCAAGGACAUCGAAAUGGGCAACUCACAGCAAGACCUGCCUGCAUGGUUUGCGGAGACGCGAAAGAAGGGCGUGAGCGAGGCAGGAAAUGCGCUGUUCACCAUCUUGCGACUCUCCGAUCUGCCACUGCAGUACUAUUUACUCUCGUCCGAGUUGGGGCUGAACAUCGUGCGCAAGCUAGGUGGUACAACUAUCUCAAAUGCAGUCACAUCGCCAGCAACUUCGAUUGGCCUAUCACCAUACCACACCCUUGUGUUUGGUCUCGCUAUCGGCAGUGCCGCUAAGCAGAUCUACUGGUGCCUGAGAGUGUCUGACAGUAAAUUCGAGCCAGGCUUCUCGAGCAUGAUUGCCGCCUACAACACCUUCUUGAACACACUUAACACUCUGCUUUCGCUCUGGGCAAUGACUUCCAACCGACCAAUGAUUGCUGAUACCUGGGGCGAGUUGUUCACGUCUCGCUCAAGCGUGGCGUUCGGAGCUGCACUGUAUGGACUCGGCCUCUGCACAGAGUGGUGGUGUGAGGUACAACGCAAGCGUUUCAAGCAGGAUCCAGCCAACAAGGGCAAGCUUUGUACCGAGGGACUUUUCGGGCUUGCGCGCAACAUCAACUACGGUGGCUAUACACUGUGGAGGGCAGGCUACAGUACCGUUUGCGCAGGACUUCCAUUAGGGAUGGGUGUUUUCGUGUUUCUCGCUGGCGACUUCUCUCAGAGAGCCAUACCCUUGAUGGAGAUGUACCUUUCCAAGAAGUACGGACGGCAUUGGGAGGAGGUCAAACAGAAGGUACCCCAAAAACUGUUUCCUUAUGUGUACUGAAUUAGAUGGUGUCGGGGUGUGGAGGAAGGCAACGGUUGGGUAGACAGAUGAAAGCUAUCACGUUUCGAACAGCUCCGAAUUAAAGCUGCACGGCUAAACUUGUUCGCGACCAAUCAAAUAGCUGCAGGAACGGCUCAAGGGACUUUCAUGCCGGUGGGCGUGAGAAUGAUGUUAUGAAUGACGAAUUGCUGAUUCAAUAUUGACGCGGUCUGAGCAAGGAAGAGAUAAAGUAUGUAGAGCAAGAAAAAGCAGAGGUCG